AUGGUAGUUGUUUCAUUUUUUGUUAAUAGAAUUCCAUUUUCAAAACAUAUUCCAGUAAUUAGAAAUUUCAACACCACAUCCACAGCUUCAACCACAACUAGUUUACUGGAAACUGAAACUGAAGAUGAAGAUGAGCCAGGGUUUUCUUCUUGUGAAGAUGAAGAAGACGAAGAAAUUAAACCAAUAGUUGUCACUACAACUAAAGAUAAGGUUCAUUCAAAAUUACUUGCCAAUAGAAAUAAUGACAACUAUUACAACAAUAAUUACAAUAAUGAUGAUUAUAAUGAUUAUGAUGCUAAUAUAUUUGAUAGUCCUAAAAAAAGAUCACAUUUAGGUACAGUUGAUGGAUCAUCCACAUUAACUGUAUCAGAAAGAUUAGCUCGCAGAAAAUCAAGAAAACUGGGAAUAUCUCCACCAUCUCCACCAAAACUUAAUUUUACUGCAACAAACAUGUCUAAUUCAUCCUCAUCAUUAAGUUCAACUACCACUGCCACUGCCACUGCUACUGCUACUGCUACUGCUACUGCCACUGUUCCCACCCCAAAAAAUGAUGUAACCCUUGUGGAUGCAUUAACCACCGAGUUUGAUACUAAUAUUAAUAUUGAUAAAGAUUAUAGAAUGAAACAAUAUUUAACUGAUCAAAAUAAUAAAUUUGAUCGAUUGAUUACUAAAAAUUUAGAUAUUGUAUUAAAUGGUGAUAUAACUAAAGAUCCAAAUGAAAAAAUUUUACAAUUAAUUUAUGAAAAUAGACUGUCUAUAUUCAAUUAUGUUUAUAAAACGGGGAAAAAUCAAUUAUCAACAAGAUUACCCUAUAUACCUUAUUUCAAUCCCAAAUCAACAUCGUCAACAAAAAAUUAUCAUGACAAUGAGGAAGCCUUUUCUGACUCUGACUCUUCUACAACGUCUACACUACUAGGUAGUCCAUUUUCGGAACAAGUAGAUGAUAGAAAUAUUGAUGCCAUAGAUUUAAAUGAAAUUGAAGAAUUAAUAUCAUUACUUGAUAAUAAUGAACAAAAAAUUGAUUAUUUCAUUAAUUCAUUAAAUGAUAAUACUAAACAAUUAUUAAAACGACGAUUAGAAAAAGAUUUUCAUGGGAAAGGUGAAGCCAUUAAAAAUUUAAUAAUUAUAAGUUGUAGAAUAUCAUUUAAAAUUAUGAAAAAAAUUCAAGAUAUUUUUAAUCAUAAAAAUAUGGAUACUUUGAUUGAAUAUGUUUUAAAAAUUAUGGUUUAUGUGGAUUCUAAAUUAGAUGAAGAAAAUAAGAAAACAUAA